GCUAUGGCUCAGAAAGAGGAUAUGGAAGAGCGUAUCACCACUCUGGAGAAGAGAUAUCUCAGUGCACAAAGGGAAGCGACGUCCAUUCAUGAUAUGAAUGACAAAUUAGAAAAUGAAUUGGCGAACAAAGAAGCUAUAUUACGCCAGAUGGAAGAGAAGAACAGACAGCUGCAGGAGCGCUUGGAGUUGGCUGAACAAAAACUACAGCAAACAAUGAGGAAAGCUGAGACUCUGCCUGAGGUGGAAGCGGAGCUGGCACAAAGGAUAGCAGCCCUUACAAAGUCUGAUCCAACUUCCUCUACCUCAUCUGAUGAUUAUCAAUAUGUUAUGGAAGCUAAACUACAAGAAAUGGUCUCCAUACGUAGGAAGGCAGAGGAGAGGCAU